CCUCUGCAGUGCAAACAGCGGCCAUGUUUUUGGUUGGCCCAGAAUCCAGCGAGUACCAGCUGACUAAAAGUAUCAUUAGUACGAGUUGAGUAGCAGCAGUAUCAGAACCAGCUGAACAGCACUAUUCUCAGUACCGGUAUCAGUAAUAUCCUGAAAAACACUUCACAGAAGGGAAGGAAGUGCAGCCCCUGAGGGCACCUUGGCAUCGACACCAACACGGACUCUGGCACAGGGCGACGCUUUGGAACAAACCAUGUUGCAGCGGGGGGGUAGAUGUUACCCAGAAGCACUCGGUGCCCGGGCUGCGCUCCCUCUGCAGGCUACACAGGGGCACUAAGCGUGUUGUUAGAAGACGCAGUACGUGUUUACGCCUUUCUCCGGCGCUCUUUGCCCUGACAGACUUCGUGCUCCCCCCCCGCUCCCCCGGCCGCAGUUCGUUUAGCCCAGGCAGGCGUAGGAGGAGUACCAAGAUGGCGGCGGUGCUGGCGCUACAUCUGGGAUUCCUGGGCUGGAAUAUCUUCGGGGUCCAACAGAACCUGGAAGUGACAGGGGCGGCCCAGAGCCAUGGGGCCCACUCGUAUGGGGGCAGGUGGAAGUACUUGACCUUUAUUAACCAGGUUCUCCAGACCGUGUUCUUUGCAAUUUGUGUUCUGUCGGACCUGGCGCCGCUGGUUCUGCCCAAGAAAAAGAAGCUUUCCUCCUUCCUCCUGCAGCUCAGAGAUGGCACCUUCGCCGUCCUGGCCUUUCCUAUAGGCGUGUUUGUAGUCGCCUCCUUCUGGGGUAUCUACGCCUAUGACCGCGAGCUCGUCUACCCCAAGGUUCUGGACUCUAUCAUUCCCCAAUGGCUGAACCACUGUAUGCAUACGGUUGUCCUCCCACUCCUCCUCGUCGAGCUCUAUGCCUGCUCGCAUCGGUAUCCCAGCAGGAAGUGGGGCAUAUCCAUCAUGGCCGCCUUCUCUUUGCUCUACAUGGCCUGGGUUCUGUGGAUACACCACGCGUCGGGCAUUUGGGUUUACCCUCUCCUGGCCAAGCUUGACGCUGUGGGUCUGGCAGUGUUUUUCGCGGGGGCUAUGCUGGUUACGGUCCCGUUCUACUGCCUGGGGGAGCUCCUCACUUGGUUCCGCUGGGGUACCCCCCGAAAGCCUCCCAGGAAACGGAAAGCAAAAUAAAAUCAUGGACCCUCCCACUAUUUUUUUUCUACAAAGGAUUACUUCUUUUUUUAUUGUAGUUUUUUUCCCCUCUGGAAGGGAAUCAGGAAGAAGAUUAGGACUUUAAUUGCCCCCCCCCCCUUCCCCCAGUUGGCGGGAACGUACACUGUAGCCCCCUUCCCCUGCGCUGCCGAUGGCCCUUCCCCUGCGCUGCCGAUGGCCCUUCCCCUGCGCUGCCGAUGGCCCUUCCCCUGCGCUGCCGAUGGCCCUUCCCCUGCGCUGCCGAUGGCCCUUCCCCUGCGCUGCCGAUGGCCCUUCCCCUGCGCUGCCGAUGGCCCUUCCCCUGCGCUGCCGAUGGCCCUUCCCCUGCACUUCGCUCAUCAAGGGCUCUUUGUGGCCGCGACUCAUUUUAAAUAACAAAAUAGAUGAGCAGUUGCAGUACCACUUUUGGCCACUUUCCAUUUUACCAUAGAGCUGCAUAAGAACAGCGCCAGCCUCUGGUUUGUGCUGCCAUUAAGGGGCCGGCUUUUGAAUGGAACCCCCAUAUGGACUGGGUCACCAUCGCCCAUAAAGACUUACGGACUGAGACUUGUUUCCCUUCUCCCAUGGGGGGGCGCAAGAGAGUCUUUUGCAUUCCAUGUUGUGUAACCGACACGCUGCUAAUUGUGUGCGUCCGUAGUGCGAGUUGUCGGGGGGGGCACAGCCAAGAGACGGACCUAGGGUUGCCACCUCUCUGGUUUUGACCCGGACAUAAGGGUUGUCCGGGUCAAAACAGCCCCCCCGGAUCUAUGGCCACAGAGAGGUGGCAACCCCAGACGGACCCUCCAUCUACCUCUGCCUAAUAAAGAACAAUCAGUGCUUUUA